UGUUCAUAUUCCAUACUAUGUAGUAAAUGUUUUCCAAGUUUUUCAGGGAAAGUAAUGUAGUAAUUUUAUUGAUAAAGUUACUGAAACUGAAUGCAUCGGAAUCUGGUAUGUAACUAGAUGCAGUGAAAACGUGUUUGCUGUGUUUGACGUGAGACAAGAGUAGAAAAAUAUUGGAUAACAAUGGCGGACGAAGAAUUACCAGCGGGCUGGGAAAAACGUUUAAGCAGAUCUACUGGACAACAUUAUUAUUUAAACAUUUAUACUAAGGAAAGUCAAUGGGAUAGACCAGAUAAACCAGCUGAUCCAUCUGGAAAUAAUAAAGGAGAUGGACCAGAGGAGGUUCAAUGUUCCCAUUUAUUAGUAAAACAUUCAGGUUCUAGACGACCAUCUUCUUGGCGAGAAGAGAAUAUUACAAGAUCAAAAGAAGAAGCUCUUGAACUUAUCAAAUCUUACAGAGAACAAAUUGUGUUGGGAAAAGCAACAUUUGCUGAACUUGCUUCAAAAUAUAGUGAUUGUAGUUCAGCUAAGCGAGGUGGAGACUUGGGACCAUUUAGUCGAGGUGCAAUGCAAAAACCUUUCGAAGAAGCAGCAUUUGCCCUUAAAGUUGGUGAAUUGUCUUCACCGGUUCAUACGGAUAGUGGUAUUCAUAUCAUCCAGCGAACAGCAUAAAAUACACUAAUCACAAAUAAAGUAUUAAAUUCUUUAAA